AUGAUUGCUGGACUCGGACUAGCCAAAGGCAUGGGAGUAAAAAAGAUCGUGGUCUUCAGUGAUUCUCAAUUGGUAGUCAACCAAAUGCAAGGUAGCUAUCAAGCCCGAGAUAACAAAAUGACAGCCUACCUCAACAAGACUAAAGAGUUGCAGUCAGUCUUCGACGAGUUCACUAUCAACCAAGUACCAAGAAGGGAGAACAGUCAUGCAGAUGCAUUAGCAAACCUUGGAUCCUCCAUCCAGACAACCGACCCCAAGACAAUACCUGUAAUAUAUCUCCAAUGGCCAGCUGUCUGGAAAGAUGAAGAAGAGCAAACAAUGGCUCUCAAUUCAUCAGUUUCGACUUCCAAGACUUCUGCAAAUUCUGGAACAUCAAGCUCAGCUUCUCCACACCAAGGUAUCCCCAAGCAAAUGGACAAGUAG